AUGAUUCAAAAAAUAAAUAUUUUAUUAAUAAUAAAUAUUAUUAUUUUAAUUAAUAUUUCUAUAAAAUAUAUCUUAAAAUAGAAGUUUAACAUAACCAUUAUAAAUUUACUGUAUGAUAAUUCGAGUACAUUACCAGGUCUAAUUGACAAUACUGAUUUACUCUAAUAGAAAAAUUUAGUGAGGAAUGUGGAUUUUUAUGUGGUUAACGAGACAGUUUGGAAGUUCCUUCUUGAAGAAUAUAGUGGAGGUCCUGAAAUCUUAGAUGAAAAAAUUCCUCCAUCUCCUUCCUCUAAUGCUAGUUCUACAACUGACAGGGCAAAAUCAGUUGAAAUCAGCAUUGCUUCUUAUGUAUCCCAAUUAGAUAAAAAUCCUGAGAUUCCAAUCAAAGGGUUAAAGAAUGAAUUGUAUUAUUGUUACAUGCAUUCUUGUUUAUAAUGUAUGAUGUGUAUAAAAGAGCUUAACAAUUUAAUACUAAACAGCAUAAAUACAUAGCAUAUAUAAGAUAUGGCAUUUUGUACAAAUUAUUAAGAAUUUCUUAGGUAACUUAAAGAUACUUAAUAUGAUUAUAUAAAAAUUAAUUCUUUGCGUAAUAAUAUCAGCAAAAAAUUCAAUCCAAAACAUUAACAUGAUGCAUAAGAAUUUUUGUUGUUUUUAUUGUCUAUUUUGGAAGAUGAAAUAAAUAAUUUCAAUAAGAAGGAUGGAUAACAAUAGACUAAAUGA